GACUGAACCACGACCAGAGUUUAUAAAAGGGUCCCUCUCUGAUCUUUUGUGCAUUUGCCUGAUCUGCACCAGGGCCUCCAUCAUGGCUGACAAAAAGAUGCCAGUGUCUCGCAAGAACUACCUCAAGAGUUUGCUGCUGCAGGUUGCUGAGUCGAUGAUGGAGGAGGAGUCCAAGAGAAAAGCAGAAGAAAAGCAAAGUUACAUGGAUGAAAACUGCCCAUCGCUGUCACUACCACACAGUGUACAAGACCUGCAGGAGCUGUGUAGAAAGUUGCAUAAAAUGAUCGAUCUUGUGGACGAUGAACGCUAUGAUAUGGAGGUCAAAGUCACAAAGUCAGACAAAGAGGUUGGAGACCUGAAGAUCAAGCUGCAGGAUCUGAAGGGGAAGUUCAAGAAGCCGGUGCUGAAGAGGGUCCGUAUGUCUGCGGACGCCAUGUUGGCAGCUCUGCUCGGAUCCAAGCAUAAAGUCUCCAUGGACCUGAGAGCCAACCUGAAGCAGGUCAAGAAGGAGGCCAAGGAGGAGGAGAAGCAUUCUGGAGACUGGAGGAAGAACAUCGAGGACAAGGCCGGGAUGGACGGCAGGAAGAAGAUGUUCGAGACAGAGGCCUGA